AUGAUGGCAUCGAGAAUAUUGUUGUAUUCUAAAACCAUUGACUUGAAUUUCAAACUAAUGCCAGCAUCAGAAAUACCAUCAUCACAAGUUUCUACAGGCUCCAUACCAUUGGAAUCAUCAUCAGCACCAUCAUUAUCAACCAUGACAACAACAGAACAAUUAACAUCAAUAGCAACAGCGACGGUACUAUCACUGCCGAUAUCUUUGUAA